CGGCGGCGGUGGCUCUCCCGGGCGGGCGGGCGCGCGGGCGGGAUGUGGGCAGAGGGUCCCUUUCUGCUCGGCCCUGGAAGGUGCAAUUACAGGUUGGAGGAGGGUUUAAAGCCAGGUGCGCCGAGUCAGCUCGCCAUGUCCAGAUCCGGGGACAGGACCUCCACCUUCGACCCCAGCCACAGCGACAACCUGCUGCACGGCCUCAACCUGCUGUGGAGGAAGCAGCUGUUUUGCGACGUGACCCUGACGGCCCAGGGCCAGCAGUUCCACUGCCACAAGGCCGUGCUGGCCUCCUGCUCGCAGUACUUCCGAUCGCUCUUCUCCAGCCACCCCCCUCUCGGGGGAGGGGUCGGCGGCCAGGACGGCCUGGGGGCCCCCAAGGACCAGCAGCAGCAGCAGCCGCAGCAGCAGCCGCCACAGCAGCAGCAGCAGCCGCCGCAGGAGGAGCCCGGGACUCCUUCCUCCUCCCCCGACGACAAGCUGCUGACCAGUCCUCGGGCCAUCAACAACCUAGUGCUGCAGGGCUGCUCGUCCAUCGGGCUGCGCCUGGUGCUCGAGUACCUCUACACGGCCAACGUGACCCUCUCCCUGGACACGGUGGAGGAGGUGCUGUCGGUCAGCAAGAUCUUGCACAUCCCGCAGGUCACCAAGCUCUGCGUGCAGUUCCUCAACGACCAGAUCUCGGUACAGAACUACAAGCAGGUGUGCAAGAUCGCUGCGCUGCACGGCCUGGAGGAGACCAAGAAGCUGGCCAACAAGUACCUGGUGGAGGAUGUGCUGCUGCUCAACUUCGAAGAGAUGCGCGCCCUGCUGGACUCGCUGCCGCCCCCCGUGGAGUCGGAGCUGGCGCUCUUCCAGAUGUCCGUGCUGUGGCUGGAGCACGACCGCGAGACCCGCAUGCAGUACGCGCCCGACCUCAUGAAGCGCCUCCGCUUCGCGCUCAUCCCGGCCCCGGAGCUGGUGGAGCGGGUGCAGUCAGUGGAUUUCAUGCGCACCGACCCGGUCUGCCAAAAGCUGCUGCUGGACGCCAUGAACUACCACCUGAUGCCCUUCAGGCAGCACUGCAGGCAGAGCCUGGCCAGCAGAAUUCGCUCUAACAAGAAAAUGCUGUUACUGGUCGGAGGCUUGCCUCCCGGGCCGGACCGGCUCCCCAGCAACUUGGUUCAGUACUACGAUGAUGAAAAGAAGACAUGGAAAAUACUCACAAUUAUGCCGUACAACAGUGCCCACCACUGCGUUGUGGAGGUAGAAAACUUCUUGUUUGUGCUGGGUGGAGAGGACCAGUGGAACCCCAACGGAAAACACAGUACAAAUUUUGUCAGCCGAUAUGAUCCUCGAUUUAAUAGCUGGAUACAACUUCCACCCAUGCAAGAAAGAAGAGCCAGUUUCUAUGCAUGUCGGCUGGACAAACAUUUAUAUGUUAUUGGUGGAAGGAACGAAACCGGCUAUUUGUCCAGCGUGGAGUGCUAUAACCUAGAAACAAACGAAUGGCGGUAUGUGUCCUCCCUACCACAGCCUCUGGCAGCUCACGCGGGAGCAGUGCACAAUGGGAAAAUAUACAUUUCAGGGGGUGUACACAAUGGAGAAUAUGUCCCAUGGCUAUAUUGCUAUGACCCUGUAAUGGAUGUCUGGGCUCGAAAACAAGAUAUGAACACAAAACGCGCCAUCCACACUUUGGCUGUAAUGAAUGAUCGCUUGUAUGCAAUUGGAGGAAAUCAUUUGAAAGGUUUCUCCCACCUUGACGUAAUGCUCGUGGAAUGCUAUGACCCAAAAGGUGACCAGUGGAAUAUUCUCCAAACUCCCAUUUUAGAGGGUCGAAGUGGCCCUGGCUGUGCAGUGCUCGAUGACAGCAUCUACCUUGUGGGAGGCUACAGCUGGAGUAUGGGGGCCUACAAGUCAUCUACAAUAUGCUAUUGUCCGGAAAAAGGCACCUGGACAGAACUGGAAGGAGAUGUAGCAGAACCACUGGCAGGCCCAGCCUGUGCAACGGUUAUCCUGCCCGCCUGCGUCCCUUACAACAAAUAACACCAGCAAGCCCUGAAAUGGACAGUAUCACAUUCUAGGAGACGGUGACAGGUGACAUCGCGAUCAUACUAGGAACAGUGCAUUCUAAUGGUAUAACUGCCGGAAUCCACCCUUGGUUUCUAACAAUAUUUCCAAGUAACUACAAAAGAAAAAGACCUGCUCUUGAACAGAUAACCGUGUCUGGAACUCGGAUCACACCAAACGUGCUGUGAUGACAGAUGCUUCCAUUUCAGACGGGUUUUAAUUCGUCCCAGCUUUCCAAAAACUCCUCACAUGGAUUUUAACGUUCAAAAGGAGAAAGAUAUAAUAUGGAAGAGUGCCCCCAGAGAGACCUAAGAUCAGUAUUGUGCAUUGUAGUCUACCUGCAUGUGAUCUAUGUUGAAGUUUUGGGGAUAUUGUGUUCAUGAAUGAUUCAGAAUUUGACCCACUAAAAUACUUACUGCAUCACAGGAAUUGCCACUUGAUUUUAUAUUCCUAAUCUGUGGCUACUUCACAGACUCCACAGGCAACACAAUUGUAGAGAAUCAUAUGAGAUUGAAGAGGAACAUGUUUGUUUCUAUAGAUCUUCAUUUCAUUUACCUUCUGCCCCCUCACAACGCCCCAUGGGAUCAGAGAAGAGAAAGAUGUUGGUUCUUGUAGCAAUUGCUUCCUGCCCUGUAGGCUCUAGGCCAGCCAGUCAAAACCUGUGUCCUCAAUUUUAUAUGAAAGAUUAAAGCAAAAUAUAUUAUGUCACUGUUCAUUCCACAGAGGCUCAAGUUUUUCUCAUUUUUUACAGUAUAUAAAAAAGUAGUGAACACACCUGUCAUUUCCUCCAAAAAGUAGGACUGAAAAAAUUGCUCGUCCAAUAUUGAAGAGAUUCUUGUUGGUUAAUACAUCUGACCCAAACUUAAACCAUAAUAAAACUGGGAGAUGCCUUUCAGGAAUUCAGGAAUAAUUUCUUUUAAGUACAAUCCCAGUUGUCUCUCUGUCCUGAAGACACACAACUUAAAAGAGCCAUGAGAGUGAAUCAUCUUCCUUAACAAAUAUUUCUCCCUCUUCCUCACCUUUGGCUCUAGAAAUGGCUCUAGAUUUGACUCUAGAAAAGCACAUGACUCACCCUGAUUAUUCUCCAACUCAUCAUACUCGUUUGUUAUCACCAAAGAUGCCUGAGCUCAGUUAGGUGAGCAAUUGCUAGUUGUCUUUAGGAGCAAGAGGAAAUUAGGAGCAGAAGGUCAGCAGAGCAUAAGAUGGUUUUCGGUGUGGCCAGUCAACAGAGCAAGACUGGAAAGAACAUAAAUUUAAUUUUUAAGCUCUUUGGAGCUGGAACAAAAACAGUUAGGAAUAAAUACUAGCCUAAAAUAUUUCCCCAUCACCCAGGGGUGUUGUUGAAUCCCUUAACAAAUGUGUCAUUCAAAACAACAACGUGGGGAAGCCACAGAUUAAAAAUGCUUUGGUGAUAAGCUUUCACCGUGGAGCAUGUCAAGAUAGAUGGGCGUACUGGCAUCUAAUGCCUUUUCUGCAGUAAAGUGCAAUCUUUGUUGUUUUUGUAUUUAUUUGUAUGUUCAGAUCCAAAGGAUCCGUUGUAAAAAUAUAUAUAUAAAUAUAUAUAUAUAUACAUAUAUAUAUAUAUAUCUCCAGUGCAAUCAACUUGCAUUUCUUUUUCCUUGAAAACAUACAAUACAGAGAAGGAAAGAAAAGUUACAGUACUUUGCAGGGAAGAUCGUAGCCGGCGUGCUGAAGAGAACAAGAUCGGCUUCGGAAACUUUGAUUGUCAACUACUACCAUUUCUUCUGAAAGUCACAGUUUAUACGAGGAUAUUCGCCUUCCUUAGACUUGUUCUUCACUUAUUUUUUAUUUCUAGCCAAAAUAAAUAAGAGCAUUUAUGAGAACUGUAAGUAAAGCUUUCUUUAUUUCAGAAAGGCACAAACUAUUAGAAGUGAAAAGUGAGUACUUACGUCACAGAGAUUGUAAAUUUUGUACAGUAUUAGAAUGUGUAAAUGAAGCUUGCUUGGAAGGGGAAAACUUUAAAUAAAAACUUUAUGUACUAA